AAGGCAAUAUGCUACAGUGACAUGCUAGUCACGUAAGUGAACGGUUAUCAAAUGUUGUUACGAUAUAGUAUCUGUGAUACUAUAGCAAACGGAACUGUACUGCAAUGGGGAGUUUGCGAUGCAAUUUUUUAUCCCGAUUAUUCCGCAUACACAAAGAGCCGCACUCUGCCGGCAGAAGACAUCGCUCGCGAAUUAACUAGUGAUGUCCAUAUUCUACCAAUAUACUAUAAACGCUCGUAGUACACACAAAUUUACGCUCCACUUAAUCCUUGUGUCGUCGGGUUCGAUACGAUGCGAAAUGUUGUGAGAAAAACCGGAAGGGGAUGCGCAAGACAAGUGUAAACCCGGGAGUUUGUAUCGAUCAGCUUUUAGCGAUGCCAUAUAGCCUUUCUUCCAGACGAAACUCAGAUCAGAUCAGCUAUGCCAGUCUGUCUCGGCACUGAUUCCACCGGCGCCAUCGAAUUCAGGAUCCUCAGCAAAGACCGGAUCGAGGAUGCCAUGAUCGUGCAGGACGAAUCGAUGCGCCAGGAGUGCAUCGCGAUCGGCAUGGGGAUGUACGAGAAUGAUCCCGGUGCAGCCGAAGAGAUGCAACUGGUCUUCAGGGAGGUCAUCAAGGACGGGUGUACGGUGAUCGCGGUCGAUCGAUCGGACCGCGUUGUCGGCGUGGCGUUCAACAAGUUACAUGAGCCACGUAAACCUGGAGAAACGGAUUCCUUCGCUCUUUUUGUAGAAAACAACAUCAAACAUCGUUCGUGCCGGGAUCUGAUUGAAUUCCUCGACGAUAUGGAAUCAAGAGUAGAUAUCUACGAGAAGUACAACGCGCGCGGUGCCAUGGAAAUUUUCUAUAUAGGGACAGAUCCAAAGUGUCAAGCACAAGGAAUCGGCCGACAAAUCACGGAGAAAAGCCUCGAAGUCGCUCGCGGAUUGCGCACCAGGAGACUGAAGCAAAUCUGCGUGGCCGACAAAAUCGUUAACGAGCACGUACGACCGGAAGUAGCAUUCUGCGUCGCUGCCUCGAUAUAUAGUCAACGAAUCAUGAAAAUACUAGACUUUGAGAUUCUCGCCGAAAUGCGAUAUGAAGAUUAUGUACGCGGUGGCAAGAAAAUGUCGGACAGGAUAGGUGAUUUACACAAAACGGUCAAAUUUGUCGCCCGCAAACUUUAACGAUACCGAUUUCUAUAUGCUUGAAUUUUGAGUAAACGGAAGUCGAUCGACUUUAUAUAGAAAUUGAAUUAAUUUUUAAAAUUUGUUUUGAAAGGGAAAACAAUAUAAUUUGAUUUAAGAGUAUUAUUGUCAGAAUAAUUUGCAACAUGAUAAUGUAACAAAAUAACGCGAUAAUAUAUAUGAAAUUAUAUAAAUAAUAAUAUGUUAGUUUAAUAAGUUCAAUAGCUCGACAGUGAUACGUUAAUAGUAACGUUAAGAAUAUUUAUGCAAAUCAAAAAGUAGUUAACUAGCUGCUUAUUUACACUGCCCUUUAAAAUAUUAAAGAUUAAUUUCAUUAAGGUAUCAGUAUUAGCUUUAAUCGUAGUUUCAAAAAUAUCUAUUCUUCUAAUUUAUCUGGCUGCUAAUAACAUGAAUAGAAAAACAUGUUAUUAAGUUGAUUAAGAAUUACAUUGUCAUUUAACUUUGAACUGAAUUAUAAAUGAGACACACAGGUAGGAGAUACAAAAAUAUAACAAUGUUUUUUUUUAUAUAAGUAUAUAUAUGUAUA